UACCACAACCGCACGACAAGCCCCGGUGCUCUGACCGACCGACCUACACACAGAAAUCCGCCACAGUCAUUCCCUGACAGCCAUGAAACAGACUCUGCUCGAGCUGAUGAGGAUGAGCAGAAUAUGCCGGAUGGUACUCGCCACUUGUUUGGGAUCUUUUAUUCUGGUCAUCUUUUAUUUCCAAAGUAUGUUCCAACCAGUCAUGCGGAGGAACCAGUUUGCGGCGGACGGGUGCUGUAGGAAAGGCUCACGCAACGCACUGCAGGAACUCUACAACCCCACACAGUCGGAGUUCUCCAGUGCCGCCAUCCUCCACCAGGGGAGGAGAGACCAGGUAGCAGAGUCAUGUCGGGCCCAGAGUGCAUCCAGCCGCAAGCGCCGGGUCCUGACCCCUGGUGACCUCAAACACCUGGUGGUGGAUGAGGAGCAUGAGCUCAUCUACUGCUAUGUCCCCAAGGUGGCCUGUACCAACUGGAAACGCGUCAUGAUGGUCCUCACGGGACGCGGCAAGUACAGUGACCCUAUGGAGAUCCCUUCCAACGAGGCCCACGUCCCGUCCAACCUGAAAUAUCUGAACCAGUACAGCAUCGCUGAGAUCAACCACCGCCUCAAGAGCUACCUCAAGUUCCUGUUUGUCCGGGAGCCCUUCGAGAGGCUCGUCUCCGCUUACCGCAACAAGUUCACCCUCAAGUACAACUCCUCCUUCCACCGCCGCUUCGGCACCAAGAUCGUCCGCCGCUACCGCAAGGACGCCACGCAGGAGGCGCUGCUCAACGGCGCCGACGUCAAGUUCCGGGAGUUCGCCGAGUAUCUUGUCGACCCGGCCACGCAACGCGACGGCCCGCUCAACGAGCACUGGCAGACGGUGUACCAGCUGUGCCACCCCUGUCACAUCCACUAUGACCUGGUGGGCAAGUACGAAACCCUGGAGGAAGACGCCAACUACGUUCUGCGGCUGGCGGGGGUGGGCGAGUCGGUGCGCUUCCCGACCUACGCCAAGUCCACCCGCACCACAGACAGCAUGACGGCCCAGUUCUUCAGCAACAUCAGCUCUCAGCAGCACGGCCAGCUCUUCCAGCUGUAUAAACUGGACUUCCUCAUGUUCAACUACUCCACGCCAAGCUAUCUGCGACUGGACUAACGACUAGAGGACCAGGACAUGACUAGCCAGUUGGGACUCUGGGCACGAUCCACUUUUAAUAAGAGAAGAAAAAAAUAACAGAGAGAGGAGAAUGGAUAUUUUUGCGAAAGCUUUAUUCAAAAACUGUCGUCACUGUUUCUGGGGGUGAAUAGGAAGGGCUGAGGUGAAUGGGAGGGACAGAGAUUGAGGAAAGGUGCUGGAUCCGAUUUGAUGUGAAAGAAUCUUUGUUAUCCAAUCAGCAUUGUCCUGAAGGUAAUAAAGGAGGAAGUGGAGAUCCUAUACCAUGAGAAUGCAGGGUUCGGGUGGAGCUGAUGUCAGAGGUUUUCUAAGAGGGGAAAAAGAGGAGAGAAGCAGGACUCUUGGAGAGUGGUCAAUGUGUGUUCUGUAUGUAAAUGAGGUGGGACUCUUGACCAAUUAGGCUGCUUUGGAUUUUGCACAGCAAAUGGUGGCCUCGCAUGCACGUGCCCUGGCCCCAAAGCAUCAUGGGAGCUGAGCUUAUUUUAUAACGAACAAUAACGAAACUCCGUCAAAUUGUAAAACACAUCCAUGUCCUUCAGUCUGCUGUAUCCUGGGUGUGUUUGAUAGCAACCACCAAUUAUACAUUUGAUAAGUAAACUGGCGCUUGGCUCCACCUCAAGCCCUCCUCAUUAUAGCUGUCUAUUGACUUUGCUCUAAAGACCUCUAGAACCAUCAGGUGUAAACAGUGGAGCUACAAUUUACAGCCAACUGCUCUAAAGUAGUAGCUAUGCUGUCAAGAUCGCCAUCAUCACAGGUGAAAAGAACUCAUGAGGUUUGCCAGGUGAGGCCUCAGACUCCCACAGCAGGAUCUGAAACGGCGGCCAUUUUAGAAAGACGCUGAGCACCCUCAAGGCUUUAAGCCACAGGAAGUGGUCAGAAGGAGAAAGGAAGUGCUGUUGUGAAUGGGUGCACCGGAUGUGAUUGACAGGUGUUAGGGGCCUCCCACUGACCCAGCGAGGAACUGAAGAAGAGAUGGCCCGUGUGGCUGUGAAAGGGUUUAAGGGACAGGAUCUCAUAACCCCGCCCACGCCACGCCCUUAAACCAGGGAGGGCCAUAACCCCGACCACGGGCCAUAACCCCCCCUCCGCUUCGACGACCAAUCAUGUAUUUUAGUAAAUUAAGUCUUUUUAUUUUAUUUUUUAUGUCUUGGUUUUAUUGUCUUAUGAAAACAUUGCUGCGAGCAGCAAUAAAAAAAUAUUAUUUAAAUUACUUUUACUGUCGGUGGGUGGGAGGGGGGAGACGAAGAUUUUAAUAUUCGUUUUCUUGGCAGAUGAACAUUUGAGUAGAUUUUUAAAGAUAAAAUAGUUUUUAUGA